AGUUAACUCACCAGAUAUUCCUACCGAAUACUGAAUAUUCCUUCCACCUGCUUACAUUAUUAUCAGACUAUCGCCACGUAAAAUAAAAGCCGUGGGUACUUUUGCCUAUACGUGGAGCUCCAUUUCAAUUAAAACCAUAAACAUAACCAAUCAAACAAAAAUUUGAGCUUCAAUUCAAAUCAAAGAAAUGGGUAUGAAGCGGGUUUAUACUGGGUUUCUGUGUUUACUUACAGUCUUGAUUUUGAGUAGCAGAGUUCGGUUAUGUGAUGGUGGAAUAAGCAGUAAUUAUGUGAGAAAGUAUAAUUCUAAUGUUGAUAUGCCAUUGAACAGUGAUGUGUUUCGAGUUCCACCUGGUUAUAAUGCUCCCCAACAGGUUUACAUAACACAAGGGGAUCACGAAGGAAAGGGUGUAAUUGUGUCUUGGACCACACCUGAUGAACCUGGCUCAAAUUCAGUUCUCUAUUGGGCCGAAAAUAGCAAUGUUAAAAGCUCUGCUGAGGGCUUUGUUGUUAGCUACAGGUAUUACAAUUACACUUCCGGAUAUAUACAUCACUGCACCAUCAAGGAUCUGGAGUUUGAUACAAAGUACUAUUAUGAAGUGGGGUUAGAAAAUACAACUAGAAAGUUUUGGUUUGUAACUCCUCCAAAACCUGGACCUGAUGUUCCUUAUACAUUUGGUCUCAUCGGGGAUCUUGGUCAGACCUACGACUCCAAUAACACACUGACUCAUUAUGAGUUGAACCCUCUAAAGGGCCAGGCGAUGCUCUUUGUCGGUGACCUCUCUUAUGCUGAUAAUUAUCCGUUUCACAACAACAUACGAUGGGACACAUGGGGGAGAUUUAUCGAGAGAAGUGCAGCAUAUCAACCUUGGAUUUGGACUGCCGGAAAUCAUGAACUUGAUUUUGUUCCUGAAAUUGGAGAAUCUAAACCUUUCGUACCUUACAAGCACCGAUUUUCUACGCCUUACAGAGUAUCAGACAGCACUUCUCCGCUUUGGUACUCUAUAAAGAGAGCUUCAGCCUAUAUUAUUGUCAUGUCUUCUUAUUCAGCUUUUGGUACAUACACUCCUCAAUGGAAAUGGUUAAAGAAUGAGUUGCCUAAAGUUAACAGGAGUGAGACACCAUGGCUCAUUAUACUCAUGCAUUGUCCAAUGUAUAGUAGUUAUGUCCAUCAUUAUAUGGAAGGGGAAACAAUGCGAGUCAUGUAUGAACCAUGGUUUGUGAAUUACAAGGUGGAUGUUGUCUUCGCUGGUCAUGUUCAUGCCUAUGAACGAUCAGAGCGGGUAUCAAACGUUGCUUACAACAUCAUAAAUAGGAAGUGCAGUCCUGUCAGGGACGAGUCUGCCCCCGUGUAUAUUACCAUUGGAGAUGGAGGAAAUCAAGAGGGAUUAGCUACAGAGAUGACACAACCACAGCCAAGGUAUUCUGCCUAUCGGGAAGCAAGCUUCGGUCAUGGGAUACUGGAUAUCAAGAACAGAACUCAUGCCUAUUUUGGUUGGCAUCGUAACGAUGAUGGAUAUGCUGUUGAAGCAGACUCGUUAUGGCUUUUCAACAGAUACUGGAAGUUGGACGAACCCUCUGCAUCUCAUGUCAUGAGAUGAGUUUGCCCCUUUAUAGUAUUACUCAAACCGUGUCGACGAGCUAGAAGGUUGUGAAUGAUGAGAGAGUACUUGUGAGCAGUGCUAUAUAUCACAGAUCUUUUCCAGAAAGUUUUCGACGUUAAUUUACUCUUGGAAAGUAUGCAAAAAUGAUGCACUCUCAUCGUGUCAUUUACAAUUUGGCAGUGAUCAUAUGUGCAUAUCUAGCCAUUGUAUUUGGGGAGUACAAAUGUAUUUUGUUAAGAGUGGAAUAAUGGGUAGUUAAUAGGA